AUGCCCCUUGUGAGGCUAGCAUGGCCACACCUACCAUGGCUGAGGAAGAUGUUAUGGGUUACGAUGCUCUUGUCGGCAUGCGACUGGUUCAGUUGGUCGGGAUCCUCGACCCUGACUGGGUUGGAGCCUUCUCCUAAGUUCACGUGCUUGAUCCCUCAGCGUCAAGGGACUGCAGAGACGUGUAGACAGAGAUAUUCGCUCGUCGAGUUUCCUUGGAGGCUCAGCCGUCUUCGAGGAGGACAGAAUGCAGACGUAGCCCAAAAGCAAGGAAGGAAGCUGCUGAAAAAAUUCCGUCCGAGACAUCCGAUGAACAAGCUGGCGAAGGAGAUGGAGUCGAAUCGAAAGUAUUUUUCCCAGGAGAAACUAGAGAGACUCAAGGGCAGGACGCCAAGGAGGAGGAGGAAGAGCCCCUGGCAGGCUGGUGGCGCGCCAAAGGGAGGGAGAUUGGAAGUCAGAAAGAUGACGAAAGAGGGAAAUCACGUUCUGAAUUGGGGAAUUGCGACAAGAGCAAAGGAAGCUGAACAGGGAGUGAGAAAACGAGUCAGACUGAUAAACAAGAUGAAGGAGGAGAAUCUUGCGAUGAAGCAAAACGGCACAUCCGCGGAAGAGAUCAAGGAGCAUUCAAGGCUUCUUUUGAAAGUAGAGCAUGAACUCAUCAAGUACAAGGAUCUCGUCUACGGGACUAAUGUGUGGAAGAAUAUGACUGCGCAUACGGUUCCGUAUUCACUUCGCAACCGAGACUCUUACAACAGGAGGGAUGAUCUGGAAUUCGACAAGAAUUUGUAUUUGACUCGCAAGAUUGUGUUUGACCCAAUCAAACUCCUCCAGCUCGGUGGAGUGAAGUCAGUCGUCUACCUCGGGCUGAUCGGAGGAGGAAGGCACGUGCUUCGUAAACCCAAAGGGACCAAUCCCUUUGGGAACCGAGGGACGAUGAAGGGCGCAGGGCCGCGAAAGGCAAACAAGAAACUUUCGAUGGGAGGGUGCAAGAUGUUGGUCGGAGUUUCACUUUCAUGUCCACGGCUCCGAUGGAAGAUGGUAAUGGAACAGCUGGUCCAGCUUGGAAAGUUGUUUCAAGACAAUGAGACAGUCGUUGAGACCGUUCUUGAAGCCCUCGAGCAUUUCUCUCACUGCAGAAAUGAGGAGGCAAGCGAAAAAAAGAUCGAGCUGCUCAAGAACGGAGGCAUCAAAUUCCUCGUGAAGUCGCUCGAAACCUUUCCUACUAACAUCGCCGUCAAGCGCAAGGCUUGCGACUGGGCGGUGGCAAUGGUCAUCGGCCCCCCGGGGAGAUGGAGAGACUUUGCUAGGCAGGCCAUUAGGAAGGCAAAAGUUGCGGGAGCCGUGGAGAACGGAUUGUUGAAGUGCACAGAAGAUAAGAAGACCAAAACCUGCUUGCAGUCCUUGCUAGAGUUACGGUCAAGAUUGUAUGGAAGAAGAAUAGCCAAGAAGAGUUUUUACCGGACUGUGCAUCUUCAGAAAAAGCUCAAAGAGAUGGGUGCGAAUGCAAGUGUCGUUCUGGAUAAUAUGGAGCGAUGGCAGCAGAAAGAUGAGAAAAAGAGCAAGAACGGCGACAGAAGACAGAGACAGAAGCAGUUUACUGCGUCCAAGUGA